CAAGCUCAGGACACGCCCCUUCUUUCUGCAGCCAUGUGGUUGUCGUUGGUAAAUACGAACGUCCACUAAAUUUUUUUUGAACUUCAGCUUCCCUGUGAGUUUUAACUGUGACUCCUGCGCGGCCGGAGCAGCCAGAAUGUCGGCGGACGUGGUGAACCUGGAGGCGCAGGUGGAGUCGGUGCUUGGGGCGCUGGUGAAAGCGGCCACGGCGGAGUUAACCAAACUGUUCGAGAGCAGGUACCGAGCCGCGGCGGUGGAAGCGGGCCGCAACGAGCACCAAAGGGAAAAUGAAAGCCAGAAGACACCGGAGCGUUUACCGAAAGGGGACACGAAGCGCAGCAUCGGAGUGCAAGUGGACAUUUUUCCACCGCUGGAGCUUUGUGAUCCUUUCCUCUCAGAUGGGGAGUGGAAGGAGGUGGUGGUGGAGGGGUGUCUGCUUCCUUCAGAGAUCCUGGCUGAACAUAAUGGCCACGCUGACCUCGAGUGGUCCCCUCUGAAGGAUGAGCUUGUGGCAGAGCCAGUGGAUAAGGUGGAGCUGAGCGACUUUAAAGCAGAACAUCAGGCAGGUGGUGACGCUCACACUGAAGUUCUUGUGCACGUGCCUGCAGAAACAUGGACAGAGAAGUCAAAUUGUGAAUCUACGCAGAGCUCACCAGCGAAACCGAAGCCUCUUGUGAUCCAACCAGAUACGAGUGACUCCACCUCCGAGGAGAAGGUGAAGUUUGUUUGUCCUUUGAUCCUCAGGCCAGAGUCUCCUGCACCCAAAGAUGAAAACGUAGAGAAGCCCGUUCAAGCCGAACCUCAGCCAGCCUGCGUCAGUACCGCCAAAGGCACCGCCUACAGUCCAUCCCCGUCAGACGGAGCGGUGACUCCUGCACAGGUCGAAGUGUGGGAACGGAUCCACACCCCAAAGGAGACGAAGAACUCUCUCCAGAUGAAACUGAAACUUGCGUCUCCAGAUCAAAAGUUGCUGCGUCCGUGUGCGGUGCAGCUGGUGAAUCUGCUCACAGUGCCCGAGUCAGAGAUGUUGGAUCAGGCUGAUGCUGCUAAAGCUCACAGCUCUCACCUGAAAACAGGCUGGCCUCUGCCCAAAGACCUCCGUCGCCAUCAAGGUGUGCACACAGGCCACCGCCUCUGCUGCUUCACCCAGUGCGGAAACGGCAUUUGGCGCCUCCAAAAAGUCAUCGCCCACUCCCGCGACGGAUACGCCUGCAGUAUCUGUGCCAAAACGUUCAAACGGAGGAAGAUUCUCCGGCGACAUGAGCGCUUCCACACCGGAGAGAGACCGUACUCGUGCUCAGUGUGCUCCAAGACAUUCGCCCUGAGAAAGAGCCUCCGCCGCCACGUCAGGUUCCACACAGGCGAGAGGCCGCACACCUGCACACAGUGCGGCAAAAGCUUCCGUCUGAGAGACAAUCUGAAAGCACAUUUGAGAUUUCACUCUGGAGAGAAGCCUUUUAGCUGUGACUUGUGUGGUAAGAUGUUCAGGAUCAUGAGGAAUAUGGAGAAGCACAAACUCAGCCAGUGUGAUUACUUCGUUCCCUCGUUCAGGACGAUCGCUGGCCUGUAGCCUGUUUAUGGCAGGCUGCACCGAUAUCUACCUCAGACUGAAAACACACUGAAUUACUUUUCCACUAAAGCUCACAUGAAAGUUAAAACAAUAAAGACAGAAACUGCGAUCCAUCUCGAUUCUUGACAUUUUUGGGCCAUUCCAGAAGCGUUAUCUUGUUAUGACAGUAACUGGGGUUGCAGUUUAUGCUGAAACGUUUUUCAUUCAACCCAUACUACUGAUGCUUCUGCCUUUUUUUCCCCUAUGUUUUUUUUUUUUUUAUUGUUGCCUCUUGUGAUUGUGGACCAAAAGAAGAACAAUUUUACUAAACUUUCAGCAUUAGACUGUCUGAGAAACACACGGUCGUUCUGCAGGGAAAUCCCUUUGCACAGUUGAGCAGGGAUACGUGCUGAAGCAGUGCUCUGUGGAGAUUGUUGUCUUGUAAACAGGAGUAAACACACCAGUAAAGUUUUAUGCUUUUAUGGCUACACAUUAAACAUCUGGUGGUACAGAC